CUUGCUCUGGGCAGGCCCCGCCGCUGCCGGGGAGACAGGACGGCUCUCCACAGCCAUGGCGGGCCGGCUGCAUCUCGUGCUGCUCUUCGCUUUCUUGUCCGCCCUCCCGCCCGCUGUGGAAAAUGUGUUCAUCAAUCAAGAAGAUGCCAACAAGGUUCUGGGACGGGCCAAGCGGGCGAAUUCGUUAUUUGAGGAGCUGAAGAAAGGAAACCUGGAAAGGGAAUGUAACGAAGAAACCUGUUCCUACGAAGAAGCCAGAGAAGUGUUUGAAGACACGGAUAAAACUAAUGAAUUUUGGAAUAUAUACAAAGAUGGCAACCAGUGUGAAACCCAGCCUUGUCAGAAUCAGGGGGUGUGUAAGGAUGGCCUCGGCGAAUACACGUGCUUGUGUUCGGCAGGAUACGAGGGCAAAAACUGUGACACCACGACCGUCAAGAUCUGCAGCUUGAACAAUGGAGACUGUGAACAGUUCUGCAAAUCUGUCGUCAACACAGUGGUCUGCUCCUGUGCUCAGGGGUAUAUUCUGGGAGAUGAUCAAAAAUCCUGUAUCCCCACAGUUCCUUUCCCGUGUGGGAAACUCACGGUGGGAAGAAGGAAGCGGUCAGCAGAAUUGCCUGAGGAGCAGGACGGUGACAACGCUCACGUCGCUGAAGAUGUCUUAGAGGCCACGGAAAAUCCCUUCGAAGCUGAGCCUCCAGAUCAGAACACCACCCUUGCGGAACCUGGCGAAAAUGCCCUCGUGAGGAUAGUUGGAGGACGAGAAUGCCACGAUGGGGAAUGUCCUUGGCAGGCUCUCCUUGUAAACGAUGAAAACGGUCAAGGGUUUUGUGGCGGGACUAUUCUGAAUGAGUACUACAUCCUCUCCGCAGCACACUGCAUGCACCAAGCAAAAAGAUUCAAAGUUAGAGUAGGGGAACGGGACACCGAGAAGAAAGACAGCAGCGAGAUGGCGCAUGAGGUGGAGAAGGUGAUCGUGCACAGCAAGUUCGUGAAGAAGACCUACGACUUCGACAUCGCCGUGAUCAAACUGAAGACCCCCAUCACGUUCCGGAUGAACGUCAGCCCGGCCUGUCUGCCCGAGAAGGACUGGGCCGAAGACAUCCUGAUGAACCAGAAAGCGGGAGUGGUCAGCGGGUUCGGGCGAGUCCACGAAAAGGGGCGCCCUUCCACCGUCCUGAAGAUGUUGGAAGUCCCCUACGUGGAGCGGAGCACGUGCAAGCAGUCCAGCAGCUUCGACAUCACCCCCAACAUGUUCUGCGCCGGCUACGACUCCAGGCCGGAAGACGCCUGUCAGGGAGACAGCGGGGGCCCCCACGUGACGAAAUACAAGGACACCUACUUCGUCACGGGAAUCGUCAGCUGGGGGGAAGGGUGCGCGCAGAAUGGAAAGUUUGGCGUCUACACCAAAGCGGCCACUUUCCUCAGCUGGAUAAAGAGGAUGAUGAGGCAAAAGGCAGGUCAGUAGAAACGGAAGAGGGCCGGACGCUGGGGUCGGUCUCCGGUCGAAUGCGUUUCCACCGGUGGUUGGUGUUGCUUCUACCCGGGCCACACCGUUGAAUUAAAGGAAUUGUUCUACU